CUCUGCAUGCAGCUCGGCAGCUGGAUCGGAUUUGAAGACUCGUAGAGUUCCUCGAGCCGGGUCUUGACUGUUUGCAUCUUUGAUUAUCCUAGAUUGGAGUCUGUUCGGAAUUUGAUUUGUUUUUGGAUUAGCGAUUAACUGGUUAUUAAUUCACAAUGCCUCCAAAAUUUGAUCCUAAUGAGAUCGUAGUAGUGUAUAUGCGUGCGAUCGGUGGUGAGGUUGGCGCGACGGCUGCCUUGGCUCCCAAAAUUGGUCCUCUCGGAUUGGCUCCCAAAAAAGUCGGUGAAGAUAUUGCGAAAGCAACCGGCGAUUGGAAAGGCCUUAAAGUUACAGUGAAGCUGACAAUUCAAAAUCGUCAGGCCAAGAUCGACGUUGUGCCGUCAGCCGCCUCUCUGAUCAUCAAAGCGCUGAAGGAGCCACCGCGCGACCGCAAGAAAGUUAAGAACGUAAAACAUUCGGGCAAUUUAACCUUUGAUGAUAUCCUGGAUAUCGCCAGAACUAUGCGGCCACGCUCGAUGGCGAGGAAAUUGGAGGGAGUUGUCAAAGAAAUCCUCGGCACCUGCCAGUCUGUCGGCUGCACCGUGGAAGGCUCUAACCCACACGACGUAAUAGAUAAGAUCAAUAAUGGAGACGUUAAUGUGCCCGAGAAGUAGUUCAGCUUGUUUGGCUACCAUUCAGAUGGCUUUUACGGAAAUACGUAUUGUGUAUGAUUACCAUCGGAAAUAAAGAUGCAUAAUGAA